ACUAUGAUGCAUUAUGCAAAUCAAUAAAGCGCCGUUUGAUUAAAAGUUUGGUUCGUGCUGUCGCGGGGGGGGGUUCCCGUCUGUGAGGUGACGUUACGCGCAGAGGGGGAUUUCCACGCGUCCAGCAGCCAAUCGCGAAGCCUGCCGGAAACACAAAAGCGGAGCGCACUUAGUUCCACACAUGGCUUCGGGACGGUUUGACACUUCUCCCCGGGAUCAGACAGACACUCUGAGCCGCUGUGCAGUCUAACUGGUGGUUUAAGGAGCUGUUUCAGAGUUCAGGACGAAGGUUUGGGCCGAGACGGAAAAAACGGUCAUCCGGUUUGGAGAGUUCUCAAGGAAGAAUUCAAGGACACGACGGUGGAGUUUAAGGUCCUCAAAGUGGUCUUAAAGACUGGACGCAUGCCAUGAUAGACAUGGACAUGGUCAACGGUACCUCUGCAGAGGAGACAACACCCCUUCCCGGGAUUGACCCGCAGGACGACAAUUGUUCGAGCCUCAACUCUCUAGAUUUCGACCUGAUUCAAGAAUAUAUCACAGAAAGUGAGCAGGUAGCACCCUCCCUAUCUGGACUACCUGGACCACCUCCUCCACCUGCUGGCCUCCCCUGCUCGACACCAACCCCCAUGCAGACAUCCAAGCCGGUGCUGGUUGCAAGAGGCACCUCAUCUAAGCCAGUCCUCCCUGUCAUGGAUAUGGCAUCGACUCAUCCUUCCUCUGGGCGAGGGUCCUCGUGUUUGCUGAGCUCGAAGAACUCCGGCAUCCCGUCCUCUCAGAACCGAGGCGACACGGACAUUCUGGAGCGCGUUCUGGACAAGCCCAAGCUCGUGAUUGUGGAGGAGCCCAAAGACAGAGGCAUGAGGUUUCGCUAUGAAUGUGAAGGACGCUCGGCGGGCAGCAUCCUGGGUGCAUCCAGCACCCACACUGAAAAGACCCUGCCUACGAUAGAGAUUCAGGGUUCCAUCGACGGCUUAAAGAAGGUCAACGUCACAGUUUCCUUGGUGACCAAAGACCUCCCACACCGGCCUCACCCACACUGCCUCGUGGGUAAAGACUGUCCAAAUAGUACAGGGAUCUGUUUUGUCACAUUCAACCCUCGCAACAGCCGACGUCACAGCUUCGCUAACCUCGGUAUUCAGUGUGUGAGGCGGAAAGAGCUGGACAUUUCACUUCAGAAGCGAAGAAGCCUAAAUAUCGACCCAUUUCAGACCGGGCAUUCGAAGGGCAUUGAAGACAUGGACAUGAAUUCAGUGCGUCUGUGCUUUCAGUGCGAGCUCGAGUGGCAGGACGGCAGGAAAGACCAUCUCAGCCCGGUGGUGUCGAAGCCCAUUUAUGACAAGAAGGCAACAACUACAUCACAGCUGAAGAUCACCCAUUUGAACCUGUAUGAAGGUCCCUGCACUGGCAAGACGGAGGUCUACAUGUUGUGUGACAAAGUGCAGAAAGGUAACAGGAAAACAGACGUGCACCGACAGAUCGCCAUCGUGUUUAAGACUCCGCCCUACGAGGACCAAGACAUCACAGAGGAAGUGGAAGUCAACCUGGCCCUGCGUCGCAUCUCAGACUAGAUGGAGAGUGAGCCCGUUACAUUUAAGUACCUGCCUCGCAAUCCAGGUCAGUCAGUACUGGACUUCCCUAACAUCCUCUUCUGCCACACCAACCCUCUGCAUGUCCUCCUUCACUACAUCCAUGAGCCUCCACUAUCUCUACUCCCUUCAGACCCGUACGAGGUGAAGCGGAAGACAAGGCUAAAGUCAGAGGUGAACCUCAAGGAGAAGCCCUGUGUGACAGCCAAGUGCGCACCUGCGUCAGAUCAGGUCAUCCAGUUCCUCCCAGAGGCCCAAAACAUGAUGUCGCCACAAGAGCGGUCGCACCCUGUCCUGCCCGGCAUACCCGCUGCAGCGGAACCGCGUUACUGCAAUCCAAUCGAUUCAAACACCGACGAGGCGGCCCUUUACAACCAGUUGGUAGACAUGCCUGAAUUUUGGGAGGUCUUCAAUAACCCAAACUUCUCCUCACUCGUGCCUGGCAACUUGGACAUCACUGCCUCCGCCUUUGCUAAUGUGGAUAUGAACUUCAACCAGAACUCCGGCUUCCUGCAGGACUUUUCCCAUUACAGUGACUUGCAAUUCAACAUGCUCGUCAGCGAGAGCCAGAACCCGCAGUUGGAGCCGCAGGAUAGCACGGUUCAGGUGAAAACGGAAGAGGAACUUUGAGGAUCGUGUAGCACCGUUUACAGCUGUUUCUGUCAUCUUUUAACAUUUUGGUCACUUCCUUGCUGACAGUUUUAUGUCACUGCCAUGUGAGCACAUUAAGCUAGUUUUCCGCUUCCCCUUGUUUCUAGAACUUGUGCUAAGCUAACCAAGCUAUCGCCUGCUUUGUUUUUAGUAUGAGACUGGUACUGAUUAGCGCAGCAGAAAACUGAAACCAUCCCUCAAAAGUGGAUACAAGUGCCAAAAUGCAUAUGCUUGUCUCUCUGGAGUCAAGUUUGAAAAAUCCCAUCAGCCACUUGAACUUUCAUCACAGAAUAUCAUCCAUUUAAUACAUUUCAGAGGUUUUCUCUUGAUUUUUAAUGGAUUUGACUUUAAAUCAAAGGUAUAACUCCUACCUAAGCAAAAUAACACGUUACAUGCUGCUCCGAUGGUCUGAUGACAGUUAAGGCUGCGCAUAGCUCUGCAGGCCGAGAGAUUCCACUUUAACCCCUUUGAUGGCACUGGUUCAGAGCUCCUUUAUCCUUGGCUCAGUGCUCUCAUGCUGGCACACGUAUCCAGUUCAUCCCAGACAAUGGGUGGGAGGUGGGGCUCCCCAUUUACCGUCACACCACUUUAGAAUCACCGGAGACCCACGCACAACUGCGCUGCUAAGCUGUUUGUUUUAUUGGCUUACUCAUGUAGCAAAUCUAAACACAACAAGUUAGUCAGUACUGAACACUUAGCUAAGUUUCACACCAGUGAUCAUCAGUGUCUGAUCUUCUGUGACAACUUACAAUCAGUUUUGGUUUUUUUUCCAUCUGAAUGUUUUCUGUCUGAGCUGGCACUCAAAGCAGUUUUUUCACUGUAAGCCACACACACAGACGUCAGAUUCUAUUAAAAGUGGUCCAAAGAAGGAACAAUGGUGAUGCUGUGGCCUCUUUCAGCAGGAUAAUACACCUUGCCACAAGUAAAACAAGGAACAUUUUAAGCCAUUGACGUGGCCUCCAGAUUUCCCAGAUCUCAGUCUAAUCGAGGAUAUGUGGGACCUGCUGGAAGUCUGCGCCUCGAUGGGUCAGGGCUAUUUUGGCAGCAAAAGGGGAACCAACACAGCAUUAGGCAGGUGGUCAUAAUAUUGGGCCUGAUCAGCAAGCUGUUUGUUCAGCUUUUUCAGUUCGUUCACUUCUCAUUAGCACACAGGGACCUCCCACCACCAGUCCCCUAUAAGGGCCUUCCCCAAAACGCAGCCUCAGUUCAUGCUUAUGUCGUCUGUCGUUAUCAACUUGAAAUGCUGUCAAAUGUAAAUGAGAAACUAGUGAAUAUAAAAAUAACAAACGCUUCGGCUAUCUUGAAUCAUAGAAGAAUAUACGUGGCAUUUUUGGUGCUUGCAUCCACUUGUGAACAAUCUUCCUGUAGUGAGUUAUCUGCUGCACUUGCUCUGCUAGACUGCAAAACCAUUAUGGAGCAGAGCACCUUCUUUCCUGCUGCUGCUGCUGCUGCUGCUUUGCACUUUGUUGCCCUGUAUUUAACCCCGUACCUUUAUUUUUCUUUUGCUCCCGAAGCCUUGCUGGCCAAGUCUUCGGGAGCAAGUUAGCAUUCCUUAUUUUCCAUAAGUGCUGCAAGCAUUAAUUUAAAGCCUACAUUCAGUGUGGAGUUUAAAAGGAGAACUCAAACUUCUCCACAAAAGCUGUAAACUUCCAUAAUUGCAGUCUGUUUUAAUUGCAAGGUGAGACUAAAAUGGCACGUAUUAAAUGUUUGUGCAAGAUUUGUUUUGUUUGCUGCCGGCAGCAUAAAAGGGUUUGGGUUUUUUGUUGGGUUUUUUUUUUUUGUUUUUUUUAAUCACCAAAAGUCUCAAGUACAGUAGUUUGGGAUCAAUUCUUCUUUGUCCCUGUCUGUUAUUGCUCUCUGUUGGCUGCCACAGCCGCUGGCUUGUUUAAUAUUUAAUCAACAUAAAUGUAAUAGAAAACAGCCCUUUUCCUAUUUCUGCCUUUCUUUGUGUCCGUUCCUCUUGUUUGUCAGUUUCGCUCUCGUGCUAAGCAUUCAAAUUUCCAAUCGCACCUUAUCACAUGUCUGCCCACAGUGUAGUGCAGUAGUCGGAGAAAAAUAAAAUGUC